AUGGAAGAAUUGAUAGUGAGAGAGUUUGAGUCGGACAUGCUUCCUGGUGAUGAUGAGGAAGUUCUGGAGAUUAAUGGUGUAUUUGAUGAAGAGGUACUGUUCGUCCGAUUACUCUCCUCUAUACCAUGGUUACCGCAUCCUGAUUCUUCCCACCAUCUCUCUUAUCACCGUUUUUAUUCCAUUAACCGCCCCCACUUCAUCCGGUUUAACCCACCGCCUCAUCUCGAUUCUUCCUCAUUCCAUUAUCCCAGAAACCCACCGCCUCAUAACCUCUUCAAUAUCAGACUCAUCGAUCUUCAACAUCAAACGAACUCGUCACCGCCUCCAAUUGCUUCCCUUCUCUCUCGCGACAUCGACCUAGUAUGCUGCUGUUCCGAUUCAGAUCAGACAUAUUUCCGGUUUUCUUUUAAGCGACUUCGUUUCUCUAUUUCUUGGCAGGGACAACCCGAUCCUUCAUCUAGUCUAAGAAAGCAGUUUCUCACUUUCAGACCCUUCUUAUCAGUGAGAGAGACGAACAACAGUAGGCAGCUCGACUUCUGGAUCAACAUUUUUCUUCCCAUUCUCCGAAAUUGGGUGUUGUCAUACCAUUUUUUUCCACUACUCUGCUCUUCAUCGCAUUCUUUAAAGUAUAAACCUGAGAAGUGGAUGCCACAUAAUGAAGAGAAGAUUGUCUUAGCCGGCUAA